AUGGAGAAUGGUCAGAGCCAUCGGUACGCAGGGCAAGAACAGUAUAAUGGAUACCAGCCUAUAAGUGCAACUUCAGGCGCAAGUUCAAGUUCACGCGGCGGGAGACAUGCCACACCCAACAAUAAUACGAAACAUGAUGGUACAUAUAAUCGUCGCAGACACGACCAAUAUCGGUAUUCCCAAAACAACAAUGGCUCCGACUCAAUACGAAAUGUUCAACAAAAUUUCGGGAAUUCACCGCAAAACCAAGCUCCCACAUCAUUCGGCGCAUACAAUGUUCCAUUAUGGAAUCCAAUGAACGUGAAUCCAACAGGCCAACAAAUGGACGCAACGACGGGUAUGCCUUUUAUGAACCCACAAUUUCUCAUGAACAACUCAAUACCGCCAUUCCCCAUGAUGCCGUUUAAUCAAAUGCAAGCAUUCCAGGGCAUGCAACCAAUGAGUACCAUGGCAGGGCCCGCGGCACAACUGAGCCAAAGGGAAAGGCAACGAUCAUCCACACCACCAAUGACGGUUCCUACGCCGAAAAAGGCGUAUAUGCAGCAAGCCUCAGAGAAGCCACAGCAAUGUCCAAAACGACCAUUAUUGGUCAUUCUCGAUCUGAAUGGUACUCUAAUUUGCCGCAAACAUCGUAAAUUACCGCCCGUCUUCGCCGAACGCCCUGGACUGAAGCACUUCCUGGAUGAGUUGUUCCAGAAUUACUCUGUUAUGAUAUGGACCAGCUCGAAACCGCCGACUCUCAGUGCUAUUGUCAAGCUUUUGUUCCCUUCCAAGGCUCACAAACGGAAACUCGUGGCUUGUUGGGGCCGCGACAAAUUUGGGCUAUCAAAUAAGCAGUACAAUGCUAAGUUGCAGGUGUACAAGCAGUUGCAUAAAGUGUGGAAUGACCAAGACAUCCAGCUUGCCUACCCAGGCAACAGCCCUAAGAAAAAGGGUGUCGCGUUGCAGGAAGUCAAGAACGAACAAAAUUCGACUUCAAAACUUCAAUUUCCUGCGGGCCAACGCUGGGAUCAAACAAAUACCGUUCUGAUCGACGACAGCAAGAUCAAGGCUCUCAGUGAACCUUACAAUAUCCUCGAGGUCCCGGAAUUCAUCAAUGAUCCUAAUAUUGACGAAUCGGAGCUUUUCCAGAAAGUACUCGCAAGACUGGACGUACUGUCUCAUCACGACGACGUCAGCAAAGUAUUACGCGUCUGGGAGGAACGUCAGGCGCAACAGAAUUGCAAGAUCCUGGAUUUAGACAUCAAUACUGAGAAGCCUCAGCUUGACGACGAUCUCGAUCUAUCUGAAGAUGGUGGAGCCAAACUUCCGCCGGUGUUACCUCCAGCAGGUCAAAAGCUACCAGGCGCAACGUGUACCGAAGCAGAAAAGAAGGCUUUCAAGAAGGCCAGGAAAGCUGAGAAGAAAGCCAAGAAAAGGGAAGCCAAAGAACAGGAAGAUGCUAAACAAGCCGCGGCCGUUUCGCAACGCGCUGCUGCUCCUUCCGCCCCUCCUCUCGAUGAAGUCACAGCCACUGAUCUCGCAAAUCCCGAACUUCCAUCAGAGGAGGCUGCCAAGGGAGUAAAACUAAACCGCAAAGCCCGAAAACGCCGCAGAGAAGCAGAGUCUCAAAGCACGAAUCUACAAGGAAAUGGUCCCGUACUUCCUACAUCUUCUGCUCAAAUUCCCAGCCAAUCACGGCACAAGCUCUGCAAUCGAGAAGCGAGUGCAUCUGCAGCACUAGAAGAUGCAGAGACGACAGAUAUCCCUGUGGAUUCAUCUUCACCGGCCGCUUUCACGAAUCCUGAUCCUUCCAGUGCUGUUCAUUCUGCUGCUGAGGAUAUCCCAGUCUUCAAGUCAAAUUCACGCCACCGUUCCAUUUCCCCUGCUACGUCCGAGGAGUCUACGAAUUCGCUUUUGGACCGGUUGGAAGUUGGACUUGGGAUGAAGAAGAAUUGA